CUCUUUUUUCUCUAUACAAAGAUCUCACUGCAAAAACAAAACAAAAAAAAUCUCCAUUAGCAAUGGCCAUAUCAUCAUCCAUGAAAAACCUCUUCAAAGAGCGCAAAAUCCCAUUUUUGUUCUCUUUUUUCCUUUUAUUAAUCUUUGUCACUUUCAUUCUCAUUUCCAACUCUCAAAAAUCACCUAUUUAUAUCACAACCGGCAUUUCUCAGCACCAUUUUGCAACUCCAUCACUACCCUUUUCAAGAAAUCCAAUAAAUUCUCAAGAAUCUCAAACUCAGUUGAAUCCCAUCAGUAAUAAUUCAACCCCAUCUAAUGAUGUUCAAUCAAAUGAUACAAAAAAUGAUGAAUUGGAUGUUCUAUCAAAUGAUACAAAAAAAGAUGAAUUGGAUGUGGAGAAAUUUGAUGAUUGGAAGCUAUGUAAGGGUUUAGGUUUAGUGGCAGUUGAUUAUAUACCUUGUCUUGAUAAUUGGGAGGCGAUAAAGGCGUUGAAAUCGAGGAGGCAUAUGGAGCAUAGAGAAAGGCAUUGUCCUCACCCGAGUCCGAGGUGUUUGAUUCCAUUGCCUGAUGGGUAUAAAGUGCCAGUUCCAUGGCCUAAGAGCAGGGACAUGAUAUGGUACAACAAUGUUCCUCAUCCUAAGCUUGUGGAAUAUAAGAAGGACCAGAAUUGGGUGGUCAAAUCUGGGGAUUAUCUUGUUUUUCCUGGUGGUGGAACACAAUUCAAGGAUGGAGUCACAAACUAUAUCGAGUCCAUUCAAAAGGCUUUUCCAGAAAUUGAAUGGGGAAAGCAUAUAAGGGUCAUUUUAGAUGUCGGUUGCGGUGUUGCUAGCUUUGGUGGUUAUUUGCUGGAUAAAAAUGUCAUUACUAUGUCAUUUGCACCAAAGGAUGAACAUGAGGCUCAGAUACAGUUUGCGCUCGAGCGUGGAAUCCCCGCUACUCUCUCAGUCAUUGGAACUCGAAAGCUGCCAUAUCCAGAUAAUGCAUAUGAUAUGAUUCAUUGUGCAAGAUGCAGGGUUCAUUGGGAUGGAGAUGGAGGAAAACCGUUGAUGGAACUAAACCGGAUUCUCAGGCCUGGAGGAUAUUUCAUAUGGUCAGCAACGCCAGUUUAUCGGGAUGACGAAAGAGAUAAGAGAGUCUGGAAAGCAAUGGUUGCACUAACUGAAGCAAUAUGCUGGAAGGUGGUGAAGAAGACCUUUUUCGACUCAGCUGGCAUUGGGCUAAUUAUAUAUCAAAAGCCAGUUUCAUCUUCUUGCUAUGAAAACCGCAGAGAAAAUAGCCGACCUCUAUGUGACCAGAACAACAGAUCAAAUAGUUCAUGGUACGCGUCACUGGACAGCUGUCUUGUACCGCUCCCCACGAGCAGCAGUGGCAAUACAUAUGAGUGGCCGGCACCCUGGCCUCAGAGGCUCAACAGUAAACCUGAGCGCUUAUCCCUAACAACAGAUGCUGAAGAUGUUUUCGAUCAGGACACGAAACACUGGGCAGCAUUGGUGUCGGAUGUUUACUUAGGUGGCCUAGCUAUAAAUUGGUCAAGUGUGAGGAACGUGAUGGACAUGAAUGCUGGUUAUGGAGGGUUUGCCUCAGCAAUUAUUGAUCGACCCCUAUGGGUAAUGAACGUCGUCCCCAUCAGCGGGCCAGAUACUCUCUCCAUUAUCUUUGAUAGAGGGCUGAUUGGUAUAUACCAUGACUGGUGCGAGUCCUUCAACACGUAUCCUCGGACAUACGAUCUUCUACAUUCCAGCUUCCUUUUUGGAAAUUUAACUCAAAGAUGUGACAUGGUGGAAGUAGUUGUGGAGAUGGAUAGAAUAGUGAGACCAGGUGGAUUUGUUUUAGUUCAAGACACAUUGCCGAUGCUUAACAAGCUUAGCUCAAUUCUACAGUCACUUCAUUGGUCAGUAACUCUGCAUCAAGAACAGUUUCUUGUUGGUAAAAAAGGAUUUUGGCGUCCACAUGACAAAGUCAGAAUAUGAAAUUCACAGCUUGUUUUUCCUUUGUAUAUUUAUUUAUAUAACACGUA